AUGUAUAACCAAACUGAAAAUUCCUACUACGAUGCACAUUUUGCACCUUUCAAGUCUGGAGGGCCGAGUGAUGUGGAGAUGCUGGGCGCAGGACUGACGGGGGACGACCUCGCCGCGGUGCCAGAGCACUGGCUCUCGUUCCCCGCACCUCCAGCCAGUGCCCACACCGCGCUGGCUUUGCUCUACACAUUCUUUACCGCUGCCGCUCUCUUAGGAAACGGCCUGGUCAUUUUCAUAUUUUCUACAACAAAGAGCUUAAGGACUUCCAGCAAUCUUUUAAUUCUACAAUUAGCCAUAUUAGACUUUAUAAUGAUGGCAAAAGCCCCAAUAUUUAUAUACAACAGUGCAAUGCGAGGCUUUGCUAGUGGGACCGUCGGUUGUCAAAUAUUUGCGUUGAUGGGUGCGUACAGCGGUAUUGGUGCUGGCAUGACUAAUGCAUGCAUUGCCUACGACAGGCAUUCAACAAUCACUCGGCCCUUAGACGGACGACUCUCCCGCGGUAAAGUUCUACUGAUGAUGGCAUUUGUCUGGAUAUAUAGCACACCAUGGGCACUUCUACCACUGUUCAAAAUCUGGGGCAGAUACGUACCUGAGGGUUAUUUAACAUCCUGUACUUUCGACUACUUGACCAAUACAUUCGACACUAAACUAUUCGUUGCCUGCAUUUUCACCUGCAGCUAUGUGUUCCCUAUGUCGAUGAUUAUAUAUUUUUACAGUGGUAUUGUAAAGCAGGUUUUUGCACAUGAAGCUGCAUUGAGAGAACAAGCCAAGAAGAUGAACGUAGAAUCGCUUAGAGCCAACCAGAGCUCAGGCGCAGAGUCAGCUGAAAUCCGGAUAGCCAAAGCGGCUCUUACGGUGUGCUUCCUGUUUGUGGCGUCGUGGACCCCCUACGGCGUGAUGGCACUUAUAGGGGCUUUUGGGGACCAACAACUUCUCACACCCGGGGUUACCAUGAUUCCUGCUGUAGCAUGCAAAGCUGUCGCCUGUAUAGAUCCCUGGGUUUAUGCAAUUAGUCAUCCAAAAUAUAGACAAGAGCUUCAGCGCCGCAUGCCCUGGCUGCAAAUUCAAGAACCUGAUGAUACUGUUUCUACCGCAACCAGCAAUACGGUGUCUAAUGCUCCACCUGCAGCGCCAGCAUAG